AAAUAUCUAUCAAAUGAGGAGUGGGACAAAAAAAAAAACACCUUAAGUUACGUGAAUGGAGUGCCUCCCUAGAAAAAAAAAUUAACUUCUAAACUUAAUGGCUUACAGAACAUAUCUGUGAUUCAAAUUUCAUUAAAAUAUAGGUAUAAACUACCUUCUAAUUUUCAUAAAUGACCGUCACCGUUAGACAGACGGAUGGACGGGCGGUGGCGGACAUGAUAAAAUUAUAAUGUUUAUAUUUUUGUUUGGCUAGGGAAGCCUGAAAACAACAAUACAGUAAACAACAUAGUCAAUCAGAAUGUCGUGUCAAUACGCUCAGAAUUACAAGUUUAGUAUAAGAAGGUUUCAAACAGUUAACGCAAAUAAACCUUUCACAAUUUUCCCAUUUUAAUUUCAAUUAAGAAACACUUAUUUGGUCACGGCUAUUAGUUUUUGAGCUAUAUGAUUCAUUAUGAUAACAUAAAGAUCGUAGGCUCAUAACAUUUUAUAGUGAGGUAGCUAAUAAAUAAAUCAUACGUAUUAUUGUAACCAAGCGCUUCGGUAUGAACAGAAAAUUGUGUUUUAAAAUGAAUGCCUCGAAAACCGCGUCAUGCAUGAGGCCCCGCUUUAAGAAUUUAGUUCUGCUGUGGAUUAUAGUACUUGGAAGUGGUUCUUUUAUGGUUAUAGUAUUUUAUGGUGACUCGCUGCCUUAUAUUAAGCAGUAUGCAAGGUUUUAUUCAUUAUCACAUUACAUAAAAAUACAUCCUAUUGAAAAAUACAACACAUUUUACACUGAUGAUGAAAUUCGAAAAAUGGGUCCCCAAAUUAAAGAUAUCAAAUCGUGCAAAACUCACCCUUUGCUGGGUUCUAACAAAACUCAUAUUUGGGUUGAAAAAGAUAAUUUGCCUUAUUACAAUUUAAGUAGUUCUACAAGUAUUGCUUGCUGUUAUAAAUCUUUUUACCGUUCGAAAUCGAUAGACGACAUUACGUCUUCCAAAAUCGAUGAUCGAGUCAAAUACAACCCUUGUCGAUUUUUUUCUGAUUUUAUUCUAGUUGAAGACGAAUUUGUCAGAGUUAAUUGUAGUCACGGAAACAAACUAUUCGAUUCUUUUUUUCUAUUUGCUCGUGAAAAGAAAACCUCAGUAAAACCAAAGAUAGAUUUACCGUAUAACGUACUGAUUCUUGGAAUAGACUCGGUAUCUAGAUUAAAUCUCCACAGGACCAUGCCCAAAACUGUAACAUUUUUGAACACGUUGGGUGCUGUAGAAUUGUUAAGAUAUAAUAAAGUAGGCGACAACACAUUCCCCAAUGUAAUACCACUUUUGCUUGGUAAACACGCAACAGAGCUGCAGGAUACGUGUUGGCCCAACAAGAAGAUGACGUUCGACAACUGUCCUUUUAUAUGGGAGCGGUUCCAGCAGGCAGGCUUCGCUACAGCUUACGGAGAGGAUUACGCAAAGAUCGGGACGUUCAACUAUAACAAGCGCGGCUUCGCGGGCUCUCCCACCGACUACUAUCUGCGUCCCUUCAUGAUCGAAGCUGAUACUUAUGCCAAAACAAAGAACGGAGGAAAAAUCACAUUUUGCUUGAACGAUAAAUAUAUGUAUAAAAUUCUUCUGGACUAUGUCGAAGACCUUACAUCUUUAUCCAAAAUAAAUCUAUUCGGGUUUUUUUGGGAAAACACAAUGACCCAUGACCAUUUAAACUAUCCAUCAGUGAUGGACGAAGACUACACAGCGCUGCUUAAGAGGAUGCAAAGCUCUGGUUAUUUGAAUAAAAGUAUUAUUUUUGUACUGAGCGACCAUGGUUUUAGAUGGGGCAAAUUUCGUAAAACUAGACAAGGAUUUUUGGAAGACAGGUUACCCUUCGUAUUUGUAGUUACGCCUCCAUCGUUUCGUAUAAAUUUUAAUGAGGCGUAUAUAAAUCUGGCACAAAAUGUUCAUCGCCUAACUACACCAUUCGAUCUGCACGCCACUUUAAUCGACUUAAUUCAUCUGAACACCAUUGAAAAUGCUAAAAUUAUUUCCCGAAGCUACGAAUCUUACUCUAAUCAACGAAGCAUCAGUUUAUUUUUACCAAUUCCGGAGAGCAGAACAUGUGAAUCAGCAGCCAUAGAUCCCCACUGGUGCGUGGAUAACGGAAACACUAAAGUAGAUUCCAAUAGUACUGAAGCCAGGGACGCAGUAGAAUACGCCAUGAGGCAUUUGAACGGUCUCCUUAAGGAUUAUCCCCAGUGUGCUGGGCUCACUCUUGACAAAGUGUUGCUUGCUACUCGACUGAUAUCUGACAGCUCCAAAGAGAAAAUUAAGAAAUCAGUUGAGUUGACUGUCGCGUUCAGUACGAACCCAGGAGGAGGCGAGUUUGAAGCUACGCUGGGGAGACAGGACGGUCCCGGCAGCCCCUGGCUUCUGUUAGGCUCCGCAAGCCGAAUCAACGCCUAUGGCAACCAAAGCUACUGCAUCCGAGAGCAACAAGAUGCUCAGUUAAAGCUUUACUGUUAUUGCAUUAAUAUUUAAUAUCGACGCUAUUUGGAAAAAAAUGUUAGUAUCUUAAAUAAAACAAUGUGACUUAGAUCAAUAUUUGGGGAAUCGCUAGUACUACAAUUUUAAUAUACUGGAUUUUGUUGAAAUAGUUUGGUUUAUUAGAAAACACAAUCUAAUGAGGGCGCCACUGGAUGGUCGGCGCCUUCUUAAUAUUAAUUUCCCUUCCGAUAAAUGUAGGAUCGAAUCAGUUACUAAGUUAAUAAUAAUGAAUAAAGAGCAAAUUAGUGUAAUGGAUUAUUAUUUUCCUUGUAAUUAUGAUCUAAAGUCAAAGUUUAAAAAUAAUACCUUGUAGGUAUCUAAGGAUCCAGCGCUGACCUGAGCACUCGAUCAGAUUAGAGUGAGAUUGAGUUUUGGCGCCCUAGGUUAAACUUUAUUACCCAAAUUGCAGUUUAAUAAUAGUACAUUACGAUACAAGUGCGAAAAAAAGGAAAUUCGAAAUGAGUGGCGAUAACUUAAAACACGACCGAAGGGAGUGUUUUAAAUCGGCACGAGUUGCGAAUUACCUAUUCGCACAUGUAUUGUACAACGUUUUACAGUACAUAUGGCCCUUAAUAUGAU